AUGUCGAGUCCAGCGAUGAUUUUCCUCGUGCUGCUGUUGGCAUGUGCGGUUAAUGCCAGGACCACCAUGAUGACUACUACUUUGAGGCCUGUGCCGGAUUACUACGAACCGGAUGAAGAGGAUCUUAGCACUACCGAGGCUGCUUAUGCUGAGGGGUGCUAUGUGUGCGGUGAUUACAGAUGUCCAUCGGAUCCGGGCGAGUGUCUCUUGGGUGCGGUACCGGACACCUGCGGAUGUUGCAAUCAUCAAGGUGUGUGCGCUCGUCUCGACGGCGAGCCUUGCUGGAACGCGAGCAUUCCCGAGUUGCCCAAAGAACGACGAAACGAGGGCCUCUGCGCCAGGAACUACGUCUGCCAGUUGCGAACUGAUCUCGAAUCGGAGGACACUCCAGAGGCGGUCUGCGUGUGCAUGGAGCAAAGCCCAGCCUGCGGCAGUAACAACCGCACCUACGCGACGCCCUGCGCUCUCCACGAGGAGGCAGUUCGUCACAAGAGUCCGGAGCCUUUGAAACUUCUGCAUCUCGGACCCUGUCCCAGUAGACCGAAGAUUUAUUCGGCACCGGAGGACGUCACCGCCGAGAUCGGCCACUACGUAGCUCUCAAUUGCGAAGUCAAGGGAUUUCCCCUGCCCGAUAUCUUCUGGGAAUUUCACGCGGCUGAUGGCAGCAGGGUGCUCAGGUUUCCCAAUGACGAGCUGGAGGAAGCCUACGUGAACACGAGCGAAGGCGAUUCGCUGAUGCGGAGCUCGUGGCUGCAGUUGGCUCGUCUUCAGCACCAGCACCUCGGCACCUAUCACUGCAUCGCCAACAACUCCGUCGGCCAGGCCAGCGCCGCCUCGAUCGUCGCGAUCGAAUGA